AUGUACGCCGACAGGACCUCGGGGCGGAAGCGCUCUGUAAUGGACCGCCUCGGGUCGGGCGGCGCCUCGCGCUCGCGGUCUGAUGGCGCAAAAAGGUUUCGCCGGGAUGAUGGGACGUGGAGACGUGAGCUUUAUAAGGCUUCUAGAGGAACUCAAACUUCAUCUGAACCUAUUUCCAGAAAGCUGCAAUCAAACCAAAAAUCUCAAGUGCAGCAAAGGGUUGAGGUUGUGAAGAAAUCACCAGUUUCAGAUCUUCGUGAAAAGUUAUCUGGUGUCCCGAGCCAGCGCCCUCAACUUAGCAGUACUGUUCAGGUGCCAAAACCUGUAAAAGAGGUUAUUAAGAGCGACAAACCUGUUCAAAAGAGAGACCCCCCUCCAGCUGCUGCCCCAAUUGUCAUUAAGAAAGUCAGUGCACCUGCACCCGAACCAGCACCAUCUGCACCACCAAAGCAAUCUCAGGACAAGGUUGAUGCUUCGCUUGACAGUUUACUGAAGUCUCUUGAUCUAGAGAAGUAUUUGAUAAAUUUCCAGGCUGAAGAGGUUGAUAUGAAAGCACUGGUUUACAUGAAUGAAGAAGAUAUGAAAUCUUUAGGAAUUCCAAUGGGUCCCAGGAAAAAGAUACUAUCAGCAAUGGCUCACAGAAAGAGGAAGUCUUCGAAGUCAUUGCCUACCAGUACCAGUUGA